GGCCAUGGGGCGUCACUAGCGUGCGCACGGUCGCGUUGCUAAGCUGCGCCGGUCGCCUCCCGCCUAUAAAGAACCCCCGGGGCGAGGGGACGGGAGACCUCGCCGUCAUUCCGACGCCUCUCUUUUCGGCUUAAGCGGCGCGGUCGCCGAGAAAAGAGGAAAGAAUCUUAGCCGAGUUUAGUGGGCACCUUUCUUUGCUUGUGGCACGACGGACGAUGUCAUCGGCGGCUGCUUGGAUGGAGCCGAGCCUGGACGUGGACAAGCUGAGCUAUGAGAUCUUCUCCAUACUGGAGAGCAAGUUCCUCUUCGGGUACGACGACCACAAGGUCUUCCUCUCCUCCACUCCCGCCACCCCCGUCGCUGCCGGCCUCCGCCACUCCUCCGCCGGCAAGGUGCGCAUUCUCUCCAUCGAUGCCGCCGACGGCAUUCUCGCCGGCGCCGCCCUCGUCCGCCUCGAGGCCACCCUCCGCAAGCAGUCUGGGGACCCCACCGCCCGUGUAUCCGAUUUCUUCGACCUGGCCGCCGGAUCCGGCGCCGGGGGUGUCCUCGCCGCCCUCCUUUUUACCCGCGGACCCGACGGCCGUCCCCUCUUCUCGGCCGCCGAGGCCCUCCGCCUCCUCGCCAAGCACCGUCGCCGCCUCGCCUCCGGGACCCAGCGUAAGGGCCUCCUCGGAGGCAUCCUCUGCCGGUCGGGGGGGCUACUCCGUCGGGUGUUCGGGGACGCGACGCUGCGGGACACCCUGAAGCCGGUGCUCAUCCCGUGCUACGACCUCUCGACGGGGGCGCCCUUCGUGUUCUCACGGGCGGACGCCGUGGAGGCGGACGGUUACGACUUCCUGAUGGAGGAGGUGUGCGCCGCCACGUGCGCGGACGCUGCGGCCGGCGCGGCUGCAGUGGAGAUGCGCUCGGUGGACGGCCGGACGCGGAUCCGGGCGGUCGGGGGUGGGUUGGCGAUGGGAAACCCCACGGCGGCCGCCAUCACCCACGUGCUCAACAACCGGCUCGAGUUCCCCGUCGCCACCGGGGUGGAGGACCUCCUCGUCGUCUCUCUCGGCGGCGCCGAGGCACCGGCCGCACCCGGGAAGCCCGCGGCGCCGCUCUCCGCGGAGGCGCUAUCGAGGAUCGCGGGCGGAGCCCAGGCCGACGUGGUGGAUCAAGCGGUGGCGAUGGCGUUCGGAGAGAAGCGGGCGACGAACUACGUGCGGAUCCAGGGGUACAAGGCUGCGCCGGGGACGACGGCCGCGGAGGAGACGCUGACGGAGAGGGGGGUGGAGUCGGUGCUGUUCCGGGGGAGGAAGCUGUCGGAGCUAACCAACGGGGAGAAGCUGGAGAUGUUCGCGGCUGAGCUGAUCAAGGAGCAGGACCGGCGGCAGCGGAACGCCGCCCCGACGGUGGUGAUCAAGCCCUCCAUGACGCCCGCCCGGUCCUCCUCCUCCACCUUCACCACCAUGGCCUCCACCGUCACCUCCGCGUCCUUGUGACGCUGGCGGGAAGGAACGGACGGCCAGGAUAUCAAGAGAGGGAUCGUGGUUGAUGAUGAUCGGUCCCACCUCUUAUGUACAUGUAUUUUAGGCUGUUUUCUGGUUUUACUUUUGUGUGUGGGGGUGGGGGGAAGCACUACUACUAAUUUUUGUUGUCUAUUCACCCCCCCCCCCUCUACUGCGAGUGAAGUUACCUCCCACAGUAACCUCAAAUUACGUGUCUUAGAGUCCAGCGUGAGAGUUGUUAACGCGUCACUGGGAAUGAAUCUGCUCUAAAUUAUUU